AUGCGCAAUUUUGAGACUCUCGAGACCUUGUGCAUCGAAGCCGUCUGCGAGACACCAUUUCAGACUAUCAAAUAUCCUCAACGCGACUACCUGCAUGGGUCGACAAUGUCCAUUUUAAUGGCAAAUCUUCCAUUGACGCAAAACCUGGACACUUUCACCCUGGACACUUUUGGUACAAAUUUCACGAGCACCGCACAUAUGUGUGAUGAGCUAGCGCUGGUCAUACCUCACAUCAAGACUGUGCGACUUCGCAUGAAAUGGAUAUGCCCAAAGAUCUUCAGCUUGCAGAAACCGCAAUCGAAACCUACCAAGUUGGAGCACUUGACCAUCAAGCUUCAAGCGUCGGCCUUCGACCACGCUCCGAGUUUCCAGUCUUUGCUCUGUGCAUUCCUCCGUACUGGAUCCUCCGGAUCGCUAGAAGCCUUUGCGAAGUCUUCUCAAAAGUUUGUCCGCUCGCUGGCGGUCGCGUCACUCGGACAUGAAUCGACCGAUCGCCAGCACGAAUCUCAGGUCCGGAUCUCGCUCAGCAGAGCAUACGAGUACCACUCUCGCUUUGCAAUCGAGCACGACUCCUGCUUUCUAGAUGGCUCCACCCUACAAACGUACUCUCUCCGCGACGCGUGGGCAGCUUGGAAUGACGACGGGUCGCCAGCAUGGUUCGAGUUUGCCGACUCUAUCUCCCUAGUUGCAAUGGGCACCUCAAGCCUCGUGUACACUCGCGGACCCGUGGCCGUACACAAUACGUGGCUCAGCUUGCUCCGCUCAUAUCCACGCCCGGACCUCGUGCUAAGCGCGAUAAGACAAAGCGCGCAUAGCGGUUGCUGA